GAGCCAGAUAUCUAGACAACUUCUCAGUUCCGAUCUAUCCCUCUUCUGCUUUUAAACCCAGAACGAAAUUCUCAGUGUUCAAAAUAUUUAAACAAAAAAAAAAAAAAAACAAAAAAAAUAUAUAUAUAUAUUCAAAAUUCUUAUAGUUCCGACCCCUAAAUCAGACUAUAAUACAUCUUGGGAACCGCGAAAUUCUUUAUCUUUAGACCACCAGACCACGACAAAAGGAGAAUGCUCUCACGCGGUCAAUCAGCCCCGGAACUGGCCAGCCUGAACAGUGGAGAUCCAACGGCAUCACCGAUCCGGAAGCCAGAUGAUGUAUGCUGCCCCAUGCCAGGGUCACCGGAUCCGGCAGCCGCCGGUGAACAGCUGCCGCCACCAUCGCAGGACCACGGGCAGGAAGGAGCCAAUCCCAGUCAGGCCAUAAGGCCCCGUGACGGGGCCAUCAGUGAGUUCCUUGUCUCGCUGCUCGAGUGCCCGGUGUGCUUUGGGCACAAGCUCUCCGUAUGCCCCGUCUGCCGGGUCUCAAUGAGCAAUAUCCGGAAUCUGGCCAUGGAGAAGGUGGCGUCCAAGCUGAUCUUUCCGUGCAAACAUUCACACUGCGGUUGCCGCAUCCGGCUCUCGUAUGCUGACAAAAAGAAUCACGAGGAGGACUGCGAAUUCCGCCCGUACUUCUGUCCCUAUCCGGACGACAAGUGCGUUUGGCAGGGUCCACUGAAGGAUGUUUACCAGCAUCUGGUUAGUACUCACGAGAACGUGAUCACCAUGGAGGGCAACGAUAUCAUCUUCCUGGCCACAAAUGUGAAUCUCGAGGGUGCGCUCGAUUGGACAAUGGUGCAAUCUUGUCAUGGCCGCCACUUCCUACUCUCGCUGGAGAAGAUUCACUUGGGCGAGGGCUGUCAGCAGUACUUUGCCGCCUGCCGGAUGAUCGGCACAAUGCGGGAUGCCGCCGAAUUCGUCUACAACAUCUCGCUGGAGGCCAACAAUCGCACCCUGCGCUGGCAGUCCAAGCCCCGCUCUAUUCGCGAGAGCUUCGUGUCGUUCACCAACGCCGACUUCUUGGUCCUCAACAAGUCAACCGUGGAACUGUUCUCCGAGGAGGGUAACCUGGCGCUGAACGUGGUCAUCCGCAAGGCUCAGGAAGCUGGCGAGAGCUAGUUGAGGAGCCUUGGAGCCAUCCCGCUGACCCUUGGAUGCAGACCAACUAUGGCUAUGCCCAACUUCACGCCGACCUGGUAAACUGCCCUUCAGCUAUGUGUGCCCAUAUAAUCCCAUAAAAAUAUAUUGUACGUAACUCGUGGGGUCUGUCAAUUUGGAAAUAUAAAUCCUUAGUAGUAAA